GUAUAUAGUAAAACGUUUUAGCAUAAAAAAAUAGUAGUCUAUCACUACCAUAUUUGCUCAUGGCUCGAAUAAGUGCCGAUAUUAAAUAUUUAGGUGAUCCCGAUCCCCCUGUGGAACCGAAAGUUCGGAUGUCCGCGCUGCGUCGAUUGUUUUUCGAAGAUUUAGAUAGCUCUUUUAAAGUGAAUCCGAAUAAAAUAAAUAAUCUAGACUUGGUUGAAAAUGCAUCUUCACGUGCUGCUUGCGAAAAUACUUUGCGGAAGCAGUUUAGCACGUGUUCUGAGGAAUUGCUUUCCUCAGAAAAUUCUUCAGAUCGGCAAACUGAGUGUAAAUCCCAGGGCCGCACGCGGAAGUUCCAUUCAUCUGAGAAAGAGAUUAAACGUGCUUCGAAAUUACGGAGGCUCUCAACACUCUCUUCUGAAAAGCAGGAUAAUUGUAAGAAAUCAUUAGGAUCAAGCAAAAGUUUUUGUGGGCAUUUCAAGUUCACUGUAGCAGCAUUAACCAAUAUAGUUGCGGGCUCGUUAGCAGGUAUGGCAUUUAAGUGUGUUUAUCGUACAGUAUCAUCUACUGUAAUUACCGGUAUUGUAGUAAUUCAGAGUUUAUCUUUCAUGGGAUAUGCAACAAUAUCUUGGAGGGCUCUUUUUUGCGAUGCUUACAGAUUCGUAAUUCACGGAUCUAAGGCCGAAGAUAGCCAGGCGGCGAAGAAUAUAUUAUCUCUUACUUGGAAUCGUCUGAUAUUCACCUUAUCACGGUCUGCGGCACGACGAGCUUUUUUUUGGGCUGGUUUCAUUUUUGGAACAUUUCAGCAUUAGUUAAAUGACUUAUGGAUUACCUUUUUUAAAAUUACAAUAGCAAGCGACUUAGUAUGUGUUUUUAUUAUAUUUAGAUGUACACCAUUAGGUCAAUAUUUAACCAUCUUAGAAUUAAAAAGCGAUCAAUAUGGUUACUAACAAUAUGUAUAGUUUAUUAUAUCAAUUAUAUUUUGCUUAUUCGCCAAUUUACCGGCCAGUCAAAGAAUGCUAGUUCACCUCUGAGAUGACGAUGUGUAUCAUUCCGUUACCAUCUCAAAAAGGUUUUGCUUCCAAAUUAAUUUAGUUAGUAUAUGAUAAAGUCACUAUCCGCUUCAUUGUUUUUUUUCAAGAAUAUAAUUCGAAAAAAUAAGCGAAUUCUGUUGUUAUCAAAAAGAGAUUGAUAUCAGAGGUUAAUAUACAAUAAACAUCUAUAUAAAAA